AUGCUGCGAUUACCGCCGACUACUAUCUCCUUAACCAUAACAGAAGUCAAGGAGUUUGAGCGGCGCCGUCGGUUCAAGAAGUAUCUUGCCAAAGACGAUGCUUUCGGACAACUUCCAUAUAGGCUACGAUCUCAAGCUCCUGCGCAGGAUGGUCUUGAGUCAGAGAAAUCUGCACCUGAGCAGACACGCCAAACCAUAACCCCCAGACCAUCUAAAACCAAGUUGGUAGAGCACAGCGAAGACCGUAAGCUGCUGUCCUGCCCUCCACGACGUCCCCCAGAGAAUGGAGAUUCUAUAGGAAGCGUCAACCCGACCGAGUCCAGCUCAUCGCUGAGCCGGGUAUCAAACUACUCGGUGGGGCCACAGUUGACCCAGGAUGUUUUCCUACCAAUAUCUCUCCCACCCCCAUUUUCAUUAGAACGGCGUGUAGUAUCUGAUGUCCAGUCUCUUCCAUCGGUGCGUCUGCGUUACGUUCUACGUGUUGUACGAGAGGUAUUGACCGACAUGACUGAACAGAUGCGUGUGGCCACCCCAGCGCGGGAGAGCGUCACAUAUGAUUUGCCAACUCCAACAAGACGGCCAGCCCUACGGCGGUCGGCUCAGUCAACUCAAGACGAGCCUCCACAGCCAAGCAGUACGGGAGCACGAAUUUUUAGCUCUGCUGCAAGGUUUGUCGAGUCGAUCGUUCGCUUCCCCAGACAUAGUUCUCCGACACCAACCGCACGACAAGUGGCAACAGAAUCCACCUCACAGCCACCAAGAAGGGACGAGUCCGACGGCACGAUCGUGGACACAGCCAGGUUCGAAGUUUACGAUGAUUCUCUUCCAGCUUCUUUACAGCCUCAGACGCCGAUGAACCUGCCCGAGACACGUCACCAGAGUCGUUUGCAUGGGUUUUCCACGGUUCCCGCGCGGCCCGUUGGUAUGAGACGGUCCGCUCAGCGCCCUACUAUCAGUCAACUUAGGCAGCGCGACACCCAGAGCCCAUCGGUCCUGGCAACGCCGGGAUUUCAAGGUCUCUACGGAGGUAUAGAGAACUCGGACGACACGAGGCUUCAGCACGACGCAUCUCAGCUGAAUGACGAAGGUUCCUCUUAGCCAUAUGGCAGGCUGAAGUAUAACCGAAAGAGCUUGUUUACGGCAGACAAUGAAGGAAGGACAUUGGAAGUAUACAUAGUUAUUUCACAUAAUCGGCGUAUACUCACCACACCAUCCCAAUGAGUGUCGAAUUGAUGUCAUAGAAAUCCCCGUCUGAAGUGUAAGUAUCCAUCAACAGGUCGGAAUUCCUCUGUAGAACAAACAAUAUUAAUCAUUGAACCAAGACCUGCCAGGAACAGUUCCAAGAAAUGAUCAGACCAUUAUUACUAAGGCCAUUAUUAAAGAACUUUUCUCUGCUCAUUUGGCAUGGCCGGAAAUAGUUGAUACCAUAGCAACCGGAUCGGAGCAAAGGAUUUCAGGUUUCUAUUCCGUUUUAAGUAGCCUUAUUUUUUUGUCUCCCGUCUCUGCCC